AUAUACCGCAUUGGUGGAGCUAAAUGUCCAACAAGCCGCUAAGGACAUGGAGAAAGUGUUGGAUGUUUCACUGAGUCAAAUUGCAGAAGAUGAAUCAUUGACAUUGCCUCAAGAUCCACCGUCCUAUCCCCUUUUCUCCAAGCAAUUCUUACGCCUACACGGCCGCGAUCUCUUCGGUUGCUCAGCUUCGUGGUUUCUCGUGGACGUAGUCUUUUACAGCAGCAACCUCUUCCAAUCUAAAGUUUACGGAAAAUAUCUCGGGAAAAAGUACGAAUCCAACGUGUAUGAAGAUGCUAUACAUGUUGCCCUAUUUCAAGCCAUCGUUGCAAUAUGCUCAACAAUUCCAGGCUACUGGUUCACUGUGUAUUUCAUCGAUCGCAUCGGAAGGCGCAAGAUUCAAAUGAUGGGUUUUCUCAUUAUGGCCUUGGUUUAUUUCGCAAUUGGGAUACCUUACACAUCUCAUUGGCAACAUCACAUAAAUAAAGGUUUCAUGGUCCUCUAUGGCCUCACUUUCUUCUUUGCAAAUUUUGGACCAAACACUACUACUUUUAUAGUGCCGGCUGAACUUUUCCCGGCGAGAUUUAGGUCAACCUGUCAUGGGAUUUCCGGGGCGACUGGGAAGGUAGGGGCCAUUAUUGGCGCAGUUGGAUUUGGGUGGGCCUCACAUGGUCAAAAGGAGGAUCCUAAAGCAGUCAAGAUCUUACUGGUGAUCUUAGGUGGAGUUUGUCUUUUGGGAUUGGCGGUAACGUAUUUUUUCACACCAGAAACGAAAGGCAGAUCGCUAGAAGAGAAUGAGGAAUGAUGAGGAAACAUUUAUUAAAUGCUCAGAUGUUUGUUUCAUAACUAGUGAGGUCAAAUGCUGCUGCUAUUCAUAGUUCCUAGUUUAUAGUUUGCAUACGGUGAUGAAGUUAUUGCUGCAAUUACUUAGAAAUUCAACCAAUUUUUUCUUCUACUACGUGUGUUUAUGUAGAAGCCUCUGUACUGUAUCUCCCUUUAUCUCCUG